CUGUAGUGAAAAGUUUCGAGGGGCGUGUGUGAAAAAGAGAAUGGAGGUUUAGCUGUUGUGAUUGGUGGAAACAGUGCUCGUCGUAGUUCUCGUAACUACUAGCAACCACCUUGAUGCCAGAAACUUGUUUGCCACAGUAGCUAAUACAGAAACGCAACUGGUACGGCCAACGUUUGUAUAGACAAUGGCACCAAAACGAGAGAAGAGCGCAGCAAGCAGUAAAGGGAAAAAUAAGAAGAAUGCAUCUCCCAUUGAAAGUGUUGUUGAAAGUGCGCACCCCGUCGACAUCUUUCCCAUGGUGCUCACCUCGGCCACCCAGGAGCUGUUUGAGUGCCGCGCCGACGAGGACGUCACCGGCGACAACCCCUACAAGCUGCUGAGGAAGGAGGACAUGAUGCAGGACAUGAGGACCCGCGCGGCCGUGUCUGACUUCAGCCCCAUUAAACAGGCGGUGCUGGACUACCCCGAGGACGAGAUGCUGCUGGUGUUCGACAGGGACUUCACAUAUGGACAGAGUUUCUACCUCGUUAUCACAGUGGAGGCGAAGGAGAGGCUUCUGCGGCUCUCAGAGCCGGAGAGCGAGAAGGCGGAGAAGGCGGAGCAGGAGGAAGAGGAGGAGGACAUGGUGAUACCAACCACGCCGGUGCCCCAGCCGUGGGUAUCCCUGGGCAGCGAGAGGGAGAUAGAGGAUGAGACUGUCACAGAGUCCAGGCCCAGGUUAAAGUAUAAAAUCUCCAGGAUAAGGAGGGAAUUCGGAGCUCCAGUCAUAUUCUCUGACCGCAAUGCUGUGGAAACCAAAGAUGGGUUUCUGGAAUGCGUCUCCUACCAGGACAAGAGCUUCAGCUUAAGAGAGAUGGAGAAUAACUGCGGCACACAGGCCAUCCCCAACGUGAUCUCUGCAGGCACUCAGACACAUUGGACGUAUCCAAAGAAUGUGUGCACUCAGUAUGAGCCCAGGGAGUUCUCCGAGGAGGACAAAGAGAACUGCUUGCAAUCGGAGAAUCUAAAGAAUUUCGUCAAGUCAGUAGCCGUAAGAUUUGAGUUGGCCAUCCAGCAGAAUGAGAUCAUGGACGUGUUCUUCGAUGACUGGAAGGCUCUGAGCGAGGAGGACAGUGGCCUCGGGUGCAAAGCCGACACCCACCUGAAGGAGUACCAGUCCUUCACUGACCUCAACCACUGCAAGGAGAAGACCGUCAGCCACAUCAACUGGCACCCCACCAUCACAGGGGUGAUUGCGGUGGCCAUGGCGGAGACGCUGGCCUUUGAAGAGAGGAUCUGUGGCUCCGCUAAGCUGGUCCUAAACCCUUCACUCAUUCUCUUCUGGAGCUUCUCUGAUCCCAUCAACCCCCAGUUGAUGCUUGAGUGCCCAGACGAUGUCUUCUCCUUUGAGUUUUGUCCCUCUGAUCCAAAUAUUAUUGUUGGCGGCUGCAUGAAUGGCCAGGUUGUGCUGUGGGACAUCUCCACCCAUGUGGAGCGCCUGCAAGGGACACGCGCUGGAGGAACCAAGAACACGUCAAACGACACAACAGCCUUACAGGGCUUCGAGGACAAACAAGAAUAUGAAACUCCCGUCGUGCGCUACUGUGCCGUCUCCAGCAUAGACAGCGGCCACAAAGCACCAAUUACUGACAUACAAUGGCUCCAGGAAAGCUUCGAGGUGUCCAGAACCGGAAUUCCACUGGAGAACAAGACUGGUAUCUGUGUGCAGAUUGUUACCUGUGCUCCAGACUGUUGUGUGAUGUUCUGGGACAUCCGUGUGCCCAGGGUGGGUACCCAUUCCAUGGGGGAGAAGAAGCAGAAGGCGGAGGAGAAGCCGCUGAACAACCCCCACGGCGCCGUCAACAUGUUCAAACACCUCGACCUGGCCUGGAAGCCUCUCAUGAAGGUGUCCCUGCCCAAGAUUGACACCAGUGGUGAAUACAGCCCGCUCAAAUUUUGCCUGCGUUACAACAAAAGUCACAGCCAAGUGGCAGCCACAGCCCAUCCUACCGCUGAGGCGCCUGACUACAGUCUGCUCAGGGUUCCGUCGGCUAAGCACCUCAAACCGAUGGAGGAUAUCUGUUCUAAGUUCUACGUCGGAACAGAGGAUGGAGAACUGGUGUACACAGACUGGAAGAUGGAGAGGGAUAAUGACUCUGGAAAACUGUUAAGUCGCAAACCCAGCCACCGCUACAUCCUCCACGAUGGCCUGGUGAACACAGUCCGCUGCUCGCCGUUCUUCGAGGACAUCAUCUUGACGGUGGGGGGCUGGACGUUUGCCAUCUGGAAGGAGGGAGUCAUGGUAGGCCCCAUCAUCCUCUCCCAGUGGUCCCAGACCAGGUGCACCCAAGGCUGCUGGUCUGGGUCUCGGCCGGGGGUGUUCUUCAUCGGGAAGGAGGACGGCAGCAUUGAGGUGUGGGACCUGCUGGAGAAGAGCCACGAGCCGUCGCAGGUCCAGAACAUCUCCACGGCCCGGAUCACCAACAUCAAGCCCUGGAUCAUCUCCUCAAAGCAGCAUCUUUUGGCCGUCUCAGACCACUUUGGCACGCUACAUAUCCUGGAGAUUCCCUGGACACUGCGAGCCCCUUCCAGCAGUGAGAAGCAGAGCAUAAGGAAGUACUUUGACAAGGAGGGUGACAGGCUGAUCUACUUUGAGACGAGGCAGAUGAUGGCGAUGAAGGAGAGGAGAGAGAUGGAGGCCGAAGAACUGAGGAAGAAGUCGCAACCUGUCGCGCAGGAGAAGUCAAUGGAGCAGGUCAACGAGGAGGCCCAGAAGGAGUACGAGGCCUACCUGGCCAUGGAGAAGGACAUUCUCAAGGACAUUCUGCAAGACAACUCUGACAUCUGAAACUCUUCCACUGUCGAACUCAGGCACACACGCACACACGCACACACGCACGCACGCACACACACACACACACACACACACACACACACACACACACACACACACACACACACAAUCUCCCUCCAGUUUCCACUGGACUUGCUGCCUUGUGUAAAAAAAUAUGUAUCUUAAUGUAUCGUUCCAUAUAAUCUAGCUCAGUGUUAUUGUAUAUGAGAUUAAAAAUGAAUUAGCUUUUAAUGAAUUUUCUCAAACAGCCUUCUCAAAUUUCUCCCUGCACUGCAAAUUAUAAGUCAUCGUUUUUCGGAGCUGAUAUGGGUUUUUCGUUGGAGCGUAGUAUCUGGUUACUUGCCACAGUUCAUCAUUCGGUGUGUUUGCUCAGAGAGCUUCCCCCGACGCUGUAAUGAAAUACGUGGUUAAUAUCGGAGAGGCCCCGCUUGGCAGGAAAUCAUUUCACGGAGGUUUGGUUUCACGGCUGUUCGUUUCAGCCGCCAAACAGAAAGGUAUUGACCACCGCGCGCACGUCUUGUAUUGAUUCGACUCAUCGAUCUGCUCGACAGUGCCACAGAAAAAAAAAACGCCUCGACAACAAGCCAGAAUGUGAAAAUAAGUAGGGCUGGCGUCUUGGCAAAAAGUUUUCAAGGCGUUUUAAAUUCAGUGUCCCUGAACGUUAGAGGAGCAUAGGCACGUGCAGAGACUCUUAACAAGAUCCCGGCAUCUUUUAAUUUGCCAAGGUUGGUUCCCUUUCUUUCUUUCUUUCUUUCUUUUUCAUGAAGCCUACUAUGAAAAAAUUGUUGUGAAUUUUUCCUAACCACACAUGAGCAACAAUAUAAAUGCACCUUUUUAAACAUUGACCUUCUUUGUGGGCUGGGCUGGACUGGGGGAGGGGUUCCAUGCAGGCAGAGUGUGUGUGUAUUUCCCUGGCAAAGAAAUGAACAGUGUCAAACUAAAAGAAG